AUGGAAAGAUACGGCGCAGAGAACGAGGUCAUCAUCCUCGACUCAGAGGACGACGAUGAUUUAGAAGUGACGCGGUAUUCGGAGGAGCCCGCUUCUUCUGGCAGGGAUCGCGAACGAGUGAAAGCCGAAGAUAAACCAUAUACCCUAUCUGCCAAGCGAGAAGCUAGCAAUGCGCCGUCUCCCCUAGCGACGAAUCCUCCGGUGAAACUCCAAUUCGAUCAUAGCGGCGACGACUUCAACGACGGCGAGGCUGUGUAUAAGAAGUUCAAGGAUCGCAAAUCCCUGAAGCGCAAGCAGACCGCGGCUGCCAACCGUAAAGCGAAACAACCGAAGAAAGAACCUCCCAGUGAUGGCGGCGUGGGCCUUCGCCAGCAGCAGCUUACAACCAGGGAUCAGGGACAUGUGCAACAACACUACGACGACGUACACUCAGAGGAUGAACUGUUGGAGGACUCUCUUCCAGACUACGUCCAGCGUCGGAGAACCCAGUUCGACCGAAAACGCGAACAUCUCCAAGAGCACGGGCUAAAACUACCACCUUCUUACGACGAGGUCGACUUUUCUGAUGACGAACGUCUUGAACACUUGCAAGAGCGGCCAGUCUUCCGGGACAUGACUCCAGUCCGCGAGUACAAAGAUAUAAUACUUACCUGCUCCGCGGGCCUGAUCCCUGCACCUGUCGCGCAAUGGCUUCGACCGUACCAGGUGGAGGGAGCGGCUUUCCUCCAUGAGAUGUUUGUCUACCAGAAGGGCGGAAUACUCGGUGACGAUAUGGGUCUAGGCAAAACAAUCCAGGUCAUUGCAUUUCUGACCGCGGCCUACGGCAAGACUGGAGAUGAACGUGACACGAAACGCAUGCGAAAGAUGCGGCGAACUGAGGGAGCCACCUGGUACCCUCGAACUCUCAUAGUUUGUCCCGGGACUUUGAAAUCGAAUUGGAGGGCCGAACUCGAACGAUGGGGCUGGUGGCACGUGGACGAGUUCCAUGGCCCAAACAAAGAGCUUGCCCUCCAUGCUGCAAGGUCUGGGAGAGUCGAAAUUCUCAUCACGACCUACGACACCUACGCAGGUAACAGAGACGCGAUCAAUAUGGUAGAAUGGGACUGCGUUAUUGCGGAUGAAUGUCACAAAAUCAAGGAGCGAAAGGCUCUGAUCACACAGGCCAUGAACGAAAUCAACGCUCUUUGCCGCAUCGGCCUUACAGGCACGGCGAUUCAGAACCGAUAUGAAGAGUUGUGGACGAUCUUGAACUGGUCGAACCCAGGCAAGCUCGGUCCCAUAGCUACAUGGAAAACGCACAUUGCGGAUCCUCUGAAAGUCGGACAAUCACACGAGGCGACCUGGAGCCAACUCCGCAAAGCCCGAAGGACAGCCAAAAGGCUAGUUGAUAACCUGCUGCCACGAUUCUUUUUGCGUCGUAUGAAGACAUUGAUUGCAGAUCAAUUGCCCAAGAAAAGUGACCGGGUAGUCUUUUGCCCGUUGACUGAUACGCAAGCAGAAGCCUAUGAGAACUUCUUGGACAGUGUCAUCGUGGAGUAUAUCAUGUACUCCACGGAAAAGUGCGGCUGUGGCUCAGGUAGGAACGCCGGAUGGUGCUGUCGAAAGCUUGUUCCUGGCACAGGGAGUACCUGGCAAUCAUUUGUCUUCCCGGCCAUCAACAUUCUGCAGAAACUCAGCAAUCACCUUGCUAUUCUCAUACCACAGAAUUCUGAUACGAGAGAAAAGCAAGAGAAGGAAAUGGAGAUGCUCCAGAUCGCGUUGCCAAAUCAAUGGAAAGAACUGUAUCGAUCUCGAGAUUCGAUUGUCAAUUUUGCAACUCCUGAGUUCUGCGGCAAGUGGAAAGUCCUUCGAAAGCUGCUGAAGUGGUGGCAUUCAAAUGGAGACAAGGUCCUUGUUUUCUCACACAGCGUCCGUCUACUGAAAAUGCUUCAAAUGCUCUUCGUGCACACUAGCUAUAACGUGAGCUAUCUCGACGGAUCGAUGCCAUACGACGAUCGCACAAAGGCCGUGAAUGAGUUCAACUCCGAUCCCAAGCAGUUUGUGUUUUUGAUAUCCACCAAGGCUGGUGGUGUCGGUCUGAAUAUUACAUCUGCAAACAAGGUCGUAGUGGUGGAUCCCAAUUGGAACCCAUCUUACGAUCUCCAAGCACAAGAUCGGGCGUACCGAAUUGGUCAAGUCCGAGAUGUUGAGGUGUUUCGACUUGUUUCUGCUGGUACCAUUGAGGAAAUUGUCUACGCGCGACAAAUCUACAAACAGCAGCAAGGAGAGAUCGGAUACACCGCCAGCUCCGAGCGCCGAUACUUUAAAGGUGUCCAGGCGAAAGCCGACCAACAGGGCGAGAUCUUCGGCUUGAAGAACCUGUUCAAGUACGAACAUGAAUUUCUUGUCUUGCGUGAUAUUCUCGACAAGACCAACAUCGCCGAAAGUCGAGCCGGUGUGAAUGUCAUGGAUUUCGACUUCAAAAAGGAAGAGACACCCGGCUACGCCGAUGACAUGCCCACCAAGGCCGAGGAUGAAGCCAUGAGCCAACUUGCUGCGAUGAUUCGCGGCGAAGGUGAAGAUACCAAGCCCAAGGCCCCUGCACGCAAGCAUGAUCCGAUCCAAGCGAUCCUCGCUGGAGCUGGCGUUGAGUAUACGCAUCUCAACAAUGAAGUGAUUGGCUCUUCUCGAGUUGAGGAACAGCUCAGUCGUCAUGCCCAGCAGGCCUCUGAUGAGCCAGAGGGAAACAUACAAGUUUUCGGGCCCUCGAAAAUGCCCCAGUAUUGA